UCUUUGCAAUCACAACAACCAGAAGUCACAACAACACAACUCACGCUGAACCGCUUUGAAACUUGCAUUGUGAUGUGACAAGUAGUGUAACUAUAGGCCACGACACCGUGUUAACCGUCAAAUAUACACAAAACGAUUUCGUGCUGAAAGUGCUCUUUUGUGCGUUACAUGACUGCGUAGUGGCUUUGAUUGGAGUCUGUCUUGAGGUCAAAAGUUCUUUGGUCGUCUGCUUCCAUUGUAUGUAUUACGCACAUCAAGAACUUGUCGGCUCGACUGACUUGUUUUUACAGAUCAUCAUGAGUUUGCGCAACGACGACCGGUCCACAGCAGAGAGGAGGAAGGGCGCAUACUGUGUUUUCAUUUCUUCAUCAAACUGAAUAUGUUCAGUACUUUAUUCAAUACGAAUCCUGAAGAACUUUCCGGCACGGCUAUGGACACACCCAAUUGCGAAGUCCCAGAAGUGGGAAGUGCAGCAAGUUCAGAGAGUUCGAGUACAGAAGACUCAAAGGAUCCACAGACAGUGACGAGGAGCGUCAGUGAAGUACAACUCAAAUUUUUGAAGGAAUUCGCCCCCCAAACACACAUUCUGAGGCACAUUCCCGAGCAAGCUCAGAAAGGACUGAACAAGUUUGACAUCCGUCUUACGUGUCUCAGCGUACUGCCAGAAUUUAUGGCCAUCGGCUCAAGCAUUGGCAUGCUGUACCUUUACAACAGGAGAAGACAUACUAUGCAGAAGCUAAAAUGCACAGAUGCAUCGAAUGCGAUCACAUGUAUUUCGCUGGUACGUUCUGUGGACUUCAUGCUUGCGGUGGGCUGUCAGAGUGGUCUAUGUGCAGUCUACCGCAUUCCUGUGGAUCCACGUGCCACAAUGGAGCAGUACAAGAUAGACCAAGUCCACCGCAACGCCGUGACAUGCCUCUGUUGGAGUCAAAAUGCCAUGAAAGUGUUUAGUGGUGACACUCGAGGAUUGGUUGCCUGUACCCACAUCGACUAUGAGCUGCAUGUUAGCAAGAGUGAGGAGGUAGUGGUGGAGGACUAUCCCAUAGUCCAAUUGGACUACCACUCUCAGGUGCUUUUAGUGUCUACAACUCACAGGGCUGUACUGUGCCACCUUUCAAGGAACAGCCUCAUAGCUUUGGGACAACACCCUAGAAAAAGUCUGGGCAGUUUUGGAGCAAUUUUCGCCCCCGAUGCAGAAGGCCAGAAAAUAGUGUAUGCCAGCAGGCCCGGCAUGCGACUCUGGUUAGGAAACGCCAAAGGGACUGUCACAGAGACAAUGCUGUUGCGAGACGCCCUACCUCUCUGCACACCCCUCUCACCCCUGUUGGCCCUGCCCAGAGCUACGAACCAGGAUCUGCAAGAGUGCCAGUUUGGCCCUCUCCUGCUGCAUGAACCUCAGCUGCUCCUCACAUGGAGCUCAGAGGCCCUGUUCCUGAUAGAUCCACUGGCAAGGGCCUUUGCUGCUGUCUGUACAGGCAUGACGAACAUCCAUGGUGUGGCUUCUUCUGGGAAUGAAAUAUUUGUUUUGAUGGGAAAACGGCACCUAGUGCGAUUGGCUCCUUACCCCGAAGUAAUACCCGAGCAAGAUGAAGAUGACGGGCUCUUGCCUAACAUGAAAUCCCUGAGGGAAAGCCUUGCCUCCCCAUUUUCUGAAAUCGGAGCCCUCAUCAAGGAGCACAACCGUCCAAUCUCUCAGACUCCUAUUGUUCAGCUUUUCAAAAGCAAAAACCACAGCAGCUCUGUCCUGCAGUGGUUCAAAGAUAAGACGCCCCGCCACACUAUCAUCAAUGAAAUCAGGGCUGAUUCAAGCAUGGAAGCUUCAACAACAUCUGAAGCAGGCAACAUCACAGGGUCACAUUCAGAAGUGACCCCAAGGAAUGGCAACACCCACCAUGCUGGGCUCAGCGUGGAACUGCAGGACCUUGCCAUAGAUGAAGAUGAGGCUAUUGUGUUCUCGGCCAGACAGCGGACACGUCACAAAAAGCCAUCAUUCCACGCCAGCUCUCCAUUGCUUACUUCAACAUCUGAUGAUCACCAGAGGGAUUGGGCUCAGGCGACACCGGUGCCCACUUACGAUCAAGUCAUUGCAGCACAAGAGUGCCUCCCUUCUACCAUCGACGAAAGGUCACUAGUGCAUCCGCCACCUCCUUACAACGGCCCUGAAGACGCAAAGGUGUUACAGAUUUUGAGCUGUUUUGAGAAGUCGCAGCAGAGUGACUUGGAACAUCAUUCUUCUUCUCAAGACUCUGAUUCACCUACCAGUGCUGCUGUGCCCACUGAAACGCCGCUUCUCUGUGCAGCCAACGCUGAUAUCGAUAGCUCCGUCGAAUGUGACGACGCUACUGCUCAAACCAAAAUCCCUGAUUCUGACAGGGAAAAAAAUGACAUCCUAUUAGAAAAAGAAAGAUGUUCGAGCUUUCCCGAGGAUGACAUCUACACCCGACACCGCCAUACUUCGGAAGUUUCAGUGUCACCUGUACCCGUCAUUGUUGAUGAAGAAGACAGCCCAAGCUAUGGGUGCCAGUGGAUGCGUGUGCGGAGUCCAGGUCCCGUGAUGUCAUUGGCAGUGUGUAAUGGCUAUCUAUGUUGCGUCGACGCGAGGGAAGUAAUGUACUAUUCAAAGCAGUGGGGACGAGAGUUCACGUGGAAGAAGGCAGCUCGGCCGGCAACACGUGUCGCAUUGUCACCGUCAGGCGAAUCCUUAUGGGUGCUGUACAAGGACAAAUUGUACGCAGCAAAGUCUCCAAUGAAAGACAAGCCAUCGGCUGACACGUGGGUUCAAGUGGCAGAGGACGUGUCCAGCUUUGCUGUCACCGAGAGAGCAGCAUGGUACAUUGCCUCCAACACUACCAUCUUCAUGUGUCCAGACACAUCAUCUCCAGACAAUGUCCUGUUUACGUCGGUGGGAUGCUUCUGCAGGGCCCAGUCCGUGACCUGCUACCAAGACCACGUUUGGGUCCUCACAGACCAGGGGAGCCUUUUGACACGAUUGAACGUGUCAUCCACUAACCCAAUGGGAACUGGUUGGGCAGAUUUAAAUCUUCCCAGCAAAGCAAGUCCUGUCUGUAUCACACUGGGCCACAACUCUAUAGGCUGGCUCAUUGACACAGAUGGCAAUGUGUGGUUCAAGCCAUACCUCAAGGAUGGUAGAAACAGGAUCAGUGGCUGGAGCAUAAAAUGGUGGCAACUGGACUUAAAUGAGUUUUUGUUCCAAGGGGCUCCGCCGCUUGCCAAGGUGCAGAAGAACCUUACCUCGCUGCUCACCAAUGCGUCAAAUAUGGUGCUUGGCAGAAUGAAGUGGCUGUUGGCUGCAGGAAGUCAUGGUGUCUGGUUCUGUCAAAUUAUGGCCACCCAUUUCCACUCUUGCAAGCGUGAUAUCACUGGCUAUUCGUGGGAGAAAGCUGAUGUUGACCACUUGCUUCCUGAAGCAAGGAAAUGGACACACUUAGAAGCCGGAGGAACAUUUCAUGACAAGGGAGUGGUCUGGGGGCUGCACAGUGGUGGUCGACUGGCGGUUAUCUUUCCCGAUGGAAAGUGCAAAAAUAUUGCAACUCCUGCAGCUCUUAGAGGGCUAAGUGCCUCCCCCGAAUGCUUGUGGGCACUUGCAUGUGAUGGACAGCUUCUGGUACGCUUGGGCCAAAGUGUCUACUGUUCCCAGGGCAAUGGAUGGGCAGGCCUUGACAUCAAGCAAUUGGCUGGAGUGCACCUUGUACAUGUGAGCUGCAACCACGAGGUGGCUUGGGCGUGCGACUCUCACGGACGCGUCUACGUUCGCCUAGGGCUUCCAAUGCCCUCUCCUCCACAGACCCUUCCCCAGGCGUGGUUGCCAGUGGAUGUGCUCGACAACCAGGACACCGCUCCUCACAUGACAGCUGUGCAUGUUGGACCUCAGAGCUACAUGGUUUGGGCGGUGGACUCCAAAAAGCGUGUGUUUGUUCGCGAGGGUAUCUUCCCCGAACUUCAGAUCGGCACGGGUUGGCUCGAAGUGGGAGGAGUGCAAGCUAAGGGACUCUGUGUCAGUGCGAGUGCUGUCUGGGCUUUGGGUGUUUCUGGAGACGUGUUUCGACGGUUCAACAUCGGCCCAACAAAUUAUGUGGGCGACUACUGGAAGAAAGUGCCCGGAACACUCGCAUCAAUAAGUGCAUCUGUGGACGACUGCCUGUGGGGUAUCUCUACUGAGGGAUGUGCACUGCGGCUGAGCCACUAUGUGCUGCCAUGCCAGGGGAAUACACCCGCCACUGAAACGGUACCACGUGCACGUACAGUGGAAGAUGAUUGGGAACUGCUGUGAGUCUACAUGCUUGCCAUUUUAGCGGUACCUGUGCAGCAUCAGGACAAAGACUUUCUGGCUUUUUUUUAUUAUUGUUAUUAUUAUUUUUUUCUGUGAUAUUUAAGAGGGAUGGCACACACCUGCAACUGUUUGAACGUUCAUGCAGAAAAUGCAUUCCGGCUUGCCCUAGCUCACACGUUAUAGGCACGGUGAAGCCAGUUUACUGUUCUGCUUCCGAGGAGAGUUGGAACGUUUAGUGCUGCAUACAUAGAGCCUACUGUUUCGGCAUUGAACCUGGUAAAAACCCGAACACCCCGAAAGAUGAGCUUGCCAAAGUACAAAUUGAACAACCGGUACAGCAACGCUCAGCACUGCACAUUCAGCACACCCGCAAGCCGCCUCGUGUGCAUCUGAAAUUUCGAGAUGCUCUCUCUUUUAUUUUCCACUUGAUAUCACCCAAUUUUACCCUGUUUUACAGCUCCUGAAAUAAAACACAAUUUUUGUCCUGACUCUCAAAAAAACAUUAAACCCGAUGACACAAGGGUGUACGCAUACAGUAUUAUUGUAUGGUCGGAUGCUUGCAGUAUGUUUUAAAUGGUGUAGAUCCCAGUCUCUAUGCAACACUUGCCAGCCUACUUCAGUGGUGGACACCUGUUUUGUGCUAAACCAUGACAAUGGUGCAUCUUGCCUCCUAAGUCCAUAAAUAAUAUGUAUAACUGCUUACUCAGGAUUGUAAAGGGGGCAAGUAAGGAAUAGGACUAAACAUGAUUGCAUGUAGUCCCAGCUGAGUGACUACAUUUGCACAGGCACAUCGAGGCUUAGCAGAAAGUGUUCUGCCAAUGUGUGCAGAAGUUGUUUAAUCCAUUUAUUAACAUUGCCUAUAACUGUAACUGGAUUCAUUUACUGAAUGACAAAUGUACAAAGUGGACAAAAUGCAGUGCAGAUGGGGCUUUCUUGAGAUGUUGUGACAUUUAGGAUUUCAUGGUCUGCAAAUAUGAAAGCAGGUGUACACUGGUACAAUGUGGCCUUGUGCUGCAUGUUCCAUUAGUAUAUAUGGUGCUGUACCCUGCAGUUUCUCUACUGCCAAUUAUUGCCUUUUGUUGUUGUGCAAAAGCUGAAAAAAGAUGUGUGCAUAGCUUGCCAGUACCUAGUAAAUAUUGUGCCUCACGCAAAGCAGACAAGGCUCCUAAAAUUAGAAGAAUUAGUCCACAAACUUAUCCCUAAAGUUACUCUUGGCCUGACAACACAGAAAAUAUUACUGUUUGCCCUAUCUAUGGUGAGUUGAUUACCUUCUACGUAGCUGGGAUACAUUAGGUAGACAUACAGAACAAGCAUGCUCAAACGUAGUGCUUCAAGUAAAGCUGCAAAGUCGGCAAAAACUUAUCAUCAGUGUCCCUCUACCCUUGUGUACGUUGUUGUUUCACAGUCGUUAAAAAGACAUAGGGAUCUGUCGGCAAGGGUACAAAUACUGUGAAGGCACAUCAUGAUAUCAAUAAUUAGUAUCUAAUCUAUUUACUUCUUAUGAUUUGAAGUCACAAAAACUCCCACUGUCCAGUGUUUUUUAAGUGUUUAGCACUGCUGGCUGUAAUAUUUUACUAAAAUUUGGAAGGGUAAUAACUUGUUGUGCUGCCCCAGUGCCAGUACAGUCGACUACAAGCAUGGUAGUCAAACUAUUGUUGGGACUUUAAAAAAGACCAAAUGUUUUACUUUCUGUUUCAACUGUUGUUUCACAAAAACUUUCUAGACAUGAAAAAAAAAAAAAAAACACUGGAUUUUUUGUACAAAGCUAUUACUGUAUUUCACAUAAUUAAUUAAUUUGCAUUAUUAAUGAAUGCACAAUGUGCACGUUGUGCUCCCCGGUCAGGAAAAUUGGGAAAGCUGGCCCGAAAUGGUGGCCCGCUGGCCUAGAGGAAUAAUUCUCAUAUGCUCUUGUCCCGAGCUGAUACUGAAAAACUGUAUGAAAGACGAUAACCAUGAGUACAUGACGAGUGGACAGAGGCAUUGCAGACGAAGGUAACCAGUGAACCAGUGAAGGUAACAAAGUGAAUCCAGGUAGCUUGGGACACCGACGAGAUGCCAGUGUUCCUCAACUCGUGUGAGAAAACUAAGGUUGUUUAGAAGGGAUGGGAGGCAGAAUAAUGAACCACAUUUAUAAUUUUUUAAAUCAACUAACCAGGGCAGGUGAAAAAAAAAAAGGUGAUGAGACUGCAGUUUACUAUGACACCGACUCUGUCAGAUCUGAGUUUGAGUGCCUCAAGCAGAGAUCACGUCAGUGAUAGAUGUAAUUAAGCCCUGUGUUUUAGAGUAAAACCAAUUUUUACCCCCUGAUUUGCAUCAUCGUCACUUAGGGUAAAACCCGAAAAAACCUGAGAACUAACUUGGUGGCCACCAAUACGAGCACUGCCGAAUGCUAAGCACUGCACACUCCGCAUGUCUGUCUCAUAUCUGGUGAUCAUCUAAAAUGCGAGAACCACUCUGUUUUUUAUUUUCGACCUAAAAAUCUGCUUUUCCACCCGAUAUCACCCGAUUUUACCCCGUUUUACAGCUCCUGAAAUAAAACCCUAUUUAUAUCCCCCAAUUUUCAAAAAUGAUGUGGAUAUUGAUGGCGAUGUAGUUCCUGUUGGCUAUCAGUGCCGUUAUUUUCACCUCCGUGGUGUGCUUUAUGCGUCAGACAUUUUUCAAAUGCCACUAGUAUUCAGGGGUGCACAUUAUACGUAAGAAAAUAUUGUACAUCACCCAAUCCUAUUAGAGCCAACGAAUUUCAAGAAAUACAACUGACAACUGUGUAUGAGCUCAAAGGAGCACCGAAGUGCUCCCACCUCCUUGUUCAGAUGGUGACUUGCCCAGGAAGUCUCACUGUUUCUGGACAACAUCAACAGGUGUCGCAUAGCCGACUUAGGUGGUCCAUGACCUGCUGUUCGUUUCAUCCUGGCUGCUCUGUCAGUAGACUGAUUCCUGGCCUGGAAUCUCGAUUAUCCUCGAUCAAAGGCCUUGAGUAGUGACCUCAAAUACUGAAAAUCGAUCAUAUUGGAAAGCACUAGCGACACUUUACUUUAACUCUGCUGAGUAAUUCUGUAGCUCUGUUGAUUAAUUCUAACCAAGGCAAACAGUAACUAUUAAUCAUUAUUAAUUAUUAUAAUUAAUUAUUUCCAAGUUGUUGCAAUGCAAAUUAUCUCUGGUCAUGCAUGGCGAGAGUCUCCUGAGCUUUCAAUUUUUGUCAGUGUCUGCUUUCCGUGGUACAGUAAUAUAUUGCAGUAUGUGUGAUCACUAUGAGAUACGAUUUUUUCUGAAGACAUUUCCAUCCUUAUGAACAUCAAUUCUAACACUGAGGUUCUCUCCUCAUAUACUACCUGUAAUUUUCAAGAGGUUUCGCAAGAUGAGGUCUCAGGACAAAGUGCCUUCAAGAAGAGUGUUUGUAUGUUGUGUGCGUAGGGAUGUCACAGCUGUUCUGUACAUCUUUGUUGAUAAUUCGUGGUUUUACAUCACAAAAUGAGUAUCGUACAACAUUGUGGUGCUAGCAAUUUGUUGUCGAAGUUUACACAGUCCAUGACCAAUGAAAUGUGUCCCAUUCUCGCUUUGAAACAGGACAUACAAUAUGUGAAACGUGAAAUAUCAUACUAUACAGUCUUUGUUGUAUGGUCAGUAUCGGGUGAUCCGAAAGAAAACAGGCAGAGCUUUUAGUUGGCUUUUCCUGCUUGCGGCAUCGCAACCAAAGAACAAGGGACACACGAUCACUCACAAUGACAAGGCCAUAGCAACGUAGUACUUUUGCGGAAAAAAAUGUUACGUUGGCCUGAGCACAACGAUAGCCAGUUGUGUACACAAUAUUGUUGCUUCAACAGUAUGAAUAAAAUGCACACUGGUAGAGUGCAUUGGUCACAGUCACAGGUCAUCUUGAA